AUGAAGGUCUCAACCGUUGCAGUUCCCCUUCUCGCAAGUCUAGCUAGCGCGGGGCCUGUAGAGCUCGAGCAACGCCAGUCUUGCCCUAAGGUGUACGUAUUCGGGGCCCGCGAGACGACGGUCCCACAGGGCUAUGGCACCUCACAGGGUCUUGUCAACAUGGUGACACAGGCAUAUGCGGGAGCGGGCAAGGAGGCCAUCGUCUACCCGGCGUGUGGCGGCCAGAGCAACUGCGGAGGGGUCAGCUACGAGAAUUCGGCCAAGCAGGGUACCGCAGCUGUCGUCAAGGCCGUGACGGACCUAAACAAGAGAUGCCCCGACACCAAGAUUGUGCUCAUUGGUUACUCCCAGGGCGGACAAAUCAUGGACAACGCCCUCUGCGGUGGUGCUGGCGCUACUCUGACGGGCACCGCCCUCGACGCGGUCAAGGCCGCCAUCUUCAUGGGCGACCCGCACAACGUGAAUGGCUUGCCCUACAACGUUGGCACCUGCAAGAACGGUGGCUUCGCUGCCCGCCCGAGCGGCUACAAGUGCUCUCCCGCCAACCCGGCCAUCAUCCAGUCUUACUGUGACUCGACCGACCCGUACUGCUGCAACGGCAACGACGCCAACUCCCAUCAGCAGUAUGUCAACAAAUAUGGCUCGCAGGCGCUGACAUUUAUCAAGAAGCUCUUGGACGCCGCAUAG